AUGUCUCCUAUCAAAUGGCGAUUCAUGCGGCGAUGGAGCUUAAAGACUUCAUUUUCGAGAGUACAACCCAUCGACUGUCUUAAGUCAUAUGUGAACGGAAUGUGGGACCUACACCAUCACCUUCUCAGUGGGCUGGAUUCCCUUGUCAUUCUCUCAUCUUUUGCCAGUGUGGCUAGCUCUCCGGGUCAGUCCAACUAUACAACCGGAAACACCUUCCAUGACGAGCUGGCCAAAUACCGACUCAGGCAGAGAGAAAAUGCAGUAUCCCUGGACUUCAGUAUGUUCCUACACGAGGAAGAAGCUGCUAAACGGUCGUCCCAGAUCCGCUCCGUCCUAGAUUUAGUGCAGCCAGGGGUUAUUGCUUUACUGGAACACUACUGCGACAAGCGACAUGUCUAUCGGAUAGACUCUCUUAUCGCCGUGGAGAUGCGAACUUUCCUGCUUGAGAUAAGCUCUAUUAUUGAUUGA